AUGACAUGUAUAUUGUUACACAAUUUUUUGAGAAGGAGCAAUACUUCUCGGAAUUUCUACACCCCUAAUGGCACAGCAGACAGUUAUGUUAAUGGCGAGUUACUUCGAGGUGGAUCCUGGAGAUCUACCGAUAGAGGGACAGGUAUUACUCCAUUGAAAGGUGUACCUCGUAGAAGUACAGAGAAUGCUCUAGAAACGAGGGUGUUAAUUCGCCGCAAAAAGAAAACAUGCACUCUUGAUCGCUGCUCCGGGCAAACUGAUCGCGCGGCCAAUGUUGUGGUUGGUGCGCCAAGCUUGCGACAAGUGCCCUUUGAUGUUGCCGACACCGCGCGGCAAGCUCGCAAGCGCGCCGGCCGACGUUCAAAUACCUACCACCAAUGCGCCAACGCCCGUUCUACACAUUGGGGCAAGUGGCUGGGACAGCGCGCUUGCCAACGCGUUGGCCUAUGUGUAGUGCCGGCAUAA